AUGGACGCGUCACGAUGGAUCGCCUUCCUGGUGGCGUGUUUAACGAUUGGCUGUGCGUUCGGUGAGGCAGAACAGCAGUACACCAACUCCAGUGAGGCGCUAGUGCGACGGAAGCGAAACCUUAUCUUCCAUCCCAUUUCCAGAGGACUCUUUCGCGUUAACAUCAAGGACGGUAUGGUUGAUAACAGUUCGAUCUGGGCCCAUGGUAUCGGGUUUCGUAUGAACAUUGAGUUCUACAAUCCGCCCGGACUGAAGAUCACCCGUCGGGAUGUGCAUCAAUCGCUGGAGAGUAUGAUCAUGUCCCACGGUUUCGAUGGACGGGCGUGCAUCCUGCGGACGUUCUGUGAGAUCUCCAAGGUAAUGACGCCGAAGAGUGGCAUUCUGUUCCAGCUGUUCAAGCUGAUCUUCCGAUCCAAUUCCGACCCCGACCCUGAUGACAGUUCCAUCGGUUCUUCAAACAGUUUACCGGAAGGUGACGACAAGUACUUCCCGUACCUGACGGCCAACGAUUGCCGGGAGCUGGAUCGCCACUGUCCCAUCACGCAGCUCGAAAUGGAUCGCGUUGGUGGCCAGGAGAACGAUGUGACUGCCGGUGGCACCGGGACCGCCGCGACCGAUCCACCAAUCGAUCCCGAUGGGUCCCGUUCGCGGUACGAUUAA